AUGGGCGGCGGGAUUGGGGAGGGGCGCGUCCCCGGGGCGGGGCGGCCUGCGGAGGGCUUGCAGCCCCGGGGGCGGAGGCAGGGAGGCCGGACCCCGGCGGGGCUGAGUCACCGCUCCGGGCGCAGCGGGCCCGGGGGGCGAAGCCGGGCACGGCGGCUCGCGAGCGUGUCCACCUUGUUCAAAGUCACCGGGGAGGCAGGGCAGCGGUGGCCUGGGCCGGGUGGCCGGGAGCUGGCGAGCAGCAGAGUGCUCCCUGCCCCCCCGGGAAGGUCGAGCGGUCGGAGAGUGCUGCGAAGCGGGGCUGACGUAGCCCAGCAGUUCCAGUACGCAGUGCGGGUUAUUGGCAGCAACUUUGCCCCAACCGUCGAAAGAGAUGAAUUUCUCGUAGCCGAAAAAAUCAAGAAAGAACUUAUUCGGCAGAGAAGAGAAGCGGACGCUGCGUUGUUUUCAGAGCUCCACAGAAAGCUUCACUCACAGGGAGUUUUGAAAAAUAAAUGGUCAAUUCUCUACCUCUUGCUCAGCCUUAGUGAGGAUCCACGCAAGCAGCCAAACAAGGUCUCCAGCUAUGCUGCAUUAUUUGCUCAAGCGUUGCCGAGAGAUGCGCACUCGACUCCCUACUACUACGCCAGGCCGCAGACGCUCCCGCUGAACUACCAGGACCGCAGCACACAGUCGGCACAGAGCUCGGGCAGCGUGGGGAGCAGCGGCAUCAGCAGUAUUGGCGUGUACGCCCUGAAUGGCCCGACCCCACCGCCACAGUCUCUCCUGCCGGGACAGCCUCAUCACACUCCCGGAGUUGGAGACUGUCUUCGGCAGCAGUUGGGGUCACGUCUUGCAUGGACUUUAACUGCAAACCAGCCUUCUUCACAAACCACUACCUCAAAAGGUCUCCCAAACACUGUUUCUCGCAACGUGACAAGACCAAGGAGGGAAGGGGAUGCCAGUGGUGCUGGGGAAGUUACGGAGGCGGCCCUUGUGCGGGACAUUGUGUACGUCUUCCAGGGCAUAGAUGGCAAGCACGUCAAGAUGGACAGCGUGGAGAACCGCUACAAAGUGGAGGCGAAGGCAAACCUAAGUAAAUCUUUGAGGGAUACGACAGUCAGACUUGCUGAGUUGGGAUGGUUGCAUAACAAAAUCAGAAAAUACACUGACCAGAGGAGUCUAGACCGUUCGUUUGGACUUGUGGGUCAGAGCUUUUGCGCGGCCUUGCAUCAGGAACUGAAGGAAUACUACCGAUUGCUGUCUGUCUUACAUUCCCAGCUACAGUUAGAGGAUGAUCAGGGGGUGAACUUGGGCCUUGAGAGUAGCUUGACGCUCCGGCGCCUCCUGGUUUGGACGUACGACCCCAAGAUAAGACUGAAGACUCUCGCGGCCCUAGUGGACCACUGCCAAGGGAGGAAAGGAGGUGAGCUGGCCUCUGCCGUCCACGCGUACACGAAGACGGGGGACCCGUACGUGAGGUCCCUGGUGCAGCACAUUCUCAGCUUAGUGUCACAUCCUGUGCUGAGUUUCCUGUACCGCUGGAUAUACGACGGGGAGCUCGAGGACACGUACCAUGAAUUUUUCGUAGCCUCGGAUCCAGCCGUCAAGACGGACCGGCUGUGGCAGGACAAGUACACUCUACGGAGAUCGAUGAUCCCCUCCUUUAUUACGAUGGACCAGUCCAGGAAGGUCCUUUUGAUCGGAAAAUCAAUAAAUUUCCUGCACCAGGUUUGUCAUGACCAGACACCCACUACAAAGAUGAUAGCUGUGACCAAGUCUGCCGACUCCCCCCAGGAUGCUGCAGAUUUGUUCACAGAUUUGGAGAAUGCGUUUCGGGGGAAAAUCGAUGCUGCUUACUUUGAGACCAGCAAGUACCUGUUGGACGUUCUUAACAAAAAAUACAGCUUGCUGGACCAUAUGCAGGCUGUGAGGCGCUACCUGCUCCUUGGCCAAGGGGACUUCAUCAGGCACUUAAUGGACUUGCUCAAACCAGAACUUGUCCGUCCAGCUACGACUUUGUAUCAACACAACUUGACUGGAAUUCUUGAAACCGCCGUCAGAGCCACCAACGCCCAGUUUGACAGCCCUGAGAUCCUCAAGAGACUGGAUGUGAGGCUGCUGGAGGUCUCUCCAGGUGACACCGGGUGGGACGUUUUCAGCCUAGACUACCACGUCGAUGGGCCAAUUGCCACGGUGUUCACGCGAGAGUGCAUGAGCCACUACCUCAGGGUGUUUAACUUCCUCUGGAGGGCAAAGCGGAUGGAGUACAUCCUCACGGACAUCCGCAAGGGACACAUGUGCAAUGCCAAGCUCCUGAGGAACAUGCCAGAGUUCUCCGGGGUGCUGCACCACUGCCACAUCCUGGCGUCCGAGAUGGUCCAUUUCAUCCACCAGAUGCAGUACUACAUCACAUUCGAGGUGCUUGAGUGUUCUUGGGAUGAGCUUUGGAACAAGGUGCAGCAGGCCCAGGACCUGGACCACAUCAUCGCCGCACACGAGGUGUUCCUGGACACCAUCAUCUCCCGCUGUCUGCUGGACGCCGACUCCAGAGCACUUUUAAAUCAACUAAGAGCCGUGUUUGAUCAGAUCAUCGAACUUCAGAACACUCAAGAUGCGAUAUAUAGAGCGGCUCUGGAAGAGUUACAGAGACGAUUACAGUUUGAGGAGAAAAAGAAACAGAAUGAAGUCGAGGGCCGGUGGGGAGUGACGGCAGCAGAGGAGGAGGAGGAGAACAGGAGGAUUCAAGAGUUUCGAGAAUCUAUCCCGAAAAUGUGCUCGCAGCUGCGGAUACUGGCCCAUUUCUACCAGGGUGUGGUGCAGCAGUUCCUGGUGCUGCUGACAACCAGCUCCGACGAGAGCCUGCGCUUCCUGAGCUUCAGGCUGGACUUCAACGAGCACUACGAGGCCCGAGAGCCGAGGCUGCGGGUGUCCCUGGGCUCCCGCGGGCGGCGUGGCUCUCACGCGUGAGCCCUCCCGUAUCCCCUGGUGCCGCCUGUGCCGGGGACUGCGGGUCGAGGUGAACACGCUCGCGUGCGAACCCGCGAGGCCGCCGGCGUGCUGCCCACGAGCCCCUGAAGCUCCUGGGGGCACGGCAUCUGUCACAUCCAAAUCUUGUCGUCACACACGGAGUGGAUGUAUUUGUAACGUCACCGAGUUACAUAGGCCCGUUUGCACUACUCAAGUUUGUUUUUUAACGUCUUCGUAUUUACGAGAUACCAUACUUCGUUGAGGCUUCUUAAGCUCUCCAUGAUAUAAUUUAUAUUUGUCACUUUUUGAGAAAUCCCUGUUGCUUUUAGAGAAAAUUAGAGCAAAUGGAUGUUCAUCACUUAAGAUGGUAAUUUUGUUCUUGCUAUUUUUUUAACCUCCUCCUUAGAGGCAAUUUUUGUUAUAUGAUCAAGUUCAAUUGAAACAGAAUGUCCCUGCUAAGAAAAUAUACAGAGCAUUUUAUUUUGGUCUGUAGUGUGUAAAAUGUCAACUUCUGUAAGAACGUUUACACGUUUAUCCUUCUUUCAAAGUUUACAUUUUUAUAUUUAAUUUACUCUUUCAGAUAACUACUCUAAAAUAGCGUAGGACGUCCCGGUGAUCUGAACAGCCACCCUCAAGCCCAGAUUUCCUCAGCCGUUGGGACGAUGUAAAUAGAGACUAGAGAGUGAACGAACUAUUUUAUUUUCAAAUUCUGAUGAGCAUUUUAAAGAAACUGACAUGAAUACGGAAGGCUUCCUUUUCCCUUGCCUAUUUUUUCAUUGUAAAUAUUUAUAUACUGACCAGGUGUGGGGAACUGUUUUUUGUAAAAACGUCAUCAAGUCACAUAAAUCCGCCUUUAUUAUGUUGCAUAAGUGAAACUUAGAAAAUUAAAAGCGGUCUGUCAGCUGUAUCGGUUCCUCCCUGAAUGGAGCAGCUGUGAGGAGAGCUGGUCCCUCGCCAUGUGGCAGGGCACACGUGGGGACGAGGGUGACACCUAGGACGCAGCCCGCAUGCCCUUUGGUGCGGAGGGGGGCGGCCACCUCUCAGGGCUGGCGCUGCCCUCAUAGCUCGCUCUGCUGUCCCACCCAGUUCCCCAGGGCUCUUGGGGGGUCCCCGCUCUGCAGAGUGCAUCUGAACGUUGUAGGAGAGCAGUGUAGUUUAGGUUAAAAGUUUGUAAAAUUGGAGUUUGGAGCAGGGUUUUGUCCCGGAACUCUUCCCAGGAGCGAGGGAGUGCCGUGUCCAGAGUGGUCCUCCCGUGAGGACUUCCAUGAGCCGAGACGGAGGAGAGCAAAGUAGCAGCCCGCUGUGACGUGUAUGGAGGAGUGUCUGCGCCCCCCCGCCUCAAAGCGACCUUUCUUAGGCUUUUCUCGGGACGCAUCUUGCUGGAAGAGGCACAGGAUCGAGAGAAGGCCCGGGUGCCGGCAGACGCGGUGCAGAACUCUGGCUGGCUGCUGAGCAGAGCGAUGGGAGCACAGUCCCCCAAGGGUGCUGGGCUGCAAAGCCAGCCCUGAAUGCUCUGGAAGAUCCUCUCCAGACAGGCACUGAUGUGGGCCUUUUGUGAAAGCCAAAUGGCGUGAUGAGGGCUUUUGAAAAGCAGGGGUUACCUGUAUCUCCCAGAGAAAUUUCCCUAAGAUUGUUGACCUCGGAACCUGUUUUUAUUUUAUUUAAAGCAUUUCUCUUCUAAUCUUCCGUAGGAGCCACUCUGGAAAAUGCUAAUCCAGAUUUGGUGACUAAAACUCCAUUUGAGCUUAGGAGGAAGUGAUGAGUGGGUUAUGGAGGUGCUUUCUGAGGGGCCUUCCCUGGGGGGGGGAGGGUCCCUGAUCAGAACCGUGGAGGUGGCAACCACAGGGGAGCUGGCGGUCCAGGUUGUUUCAGACCCCACUGGGGACGUCCUGUUACCCGGCAGACCUGUCACGGAGCUGGUCUCCUCAGUGAUGAGUCGGAGUUCCCCAUGGGGUGGUUGAGGUGGGAGAGCCCGCUGGAGCGGUGAGUCGUCCCUGGAGGCAGGUACCCGGCGUGGCUCUGGGAGGGCCACUGCUGCUUCACCCGGAGAACGGUAGUGGUGCUGACCUUUCAGGCCUGUCGUGUAGAUCGGACAGAACUGUGUGCGUCUAGUCAGGCUCUGGGCACGUUCUUGAUGAACGGAGCUCCUGUGUCUGGCGUGCUGACGCCUUUCACCCCGGGCAGCUCCGGGGAGCCCAGCCCAGCUUUCCUGUCACUGGGGACGCCUCUUACCGCCCGGGUCAGGUCAGGUGCCAGGCUGUAGGUACGGCUUGUCUCCACUCAGGACUUGCCUCUCUUGAGUCCUGUUGGGUUAGCAGGUUUGACAAGCUGGGGCGGGGGGCACCUUUCCUUCAUGCGUACACAUUUGUCACCAAGGGAACUCUCCCAGCCCUAUGGAGAAUGUGUCUUGGCUUUAUGGGACACCAUGGGACAGCCAACGUGAAAAUGUGAUUCGGAAAAAAGCACUUGUAUCAAAUAGGCACAGUCAUACUCAGAGUGAGUCACGAGGCACAAAGUCUACGUGAAGGGAUGAGUGUUCCCAGAAACCAGCACCCGAGGUCUGAGAACAAGGAGCUGGCGGGCUAGUGGCCUCCCCGUGAGCACGGCUCCUCAGCGCUGGGAACGUUGGUGUGGACGCUGUGGCCGCAAGCAGGGAGGACAGGCCUCCCACCAGGCUUCCUGGCAGACCUGUGUAGAGCUGAGCAUGUCCGUCUGGGCCUCGGUGGGCGAGAGGGACUCAGCACCCUGCUCGUGCGCAUGUAAGUGGAUGAGGGGUGCCGAACAGCACGGAGGAACUUACGCUUCAGGAACGGUAGUAUUUGCAGAUGUAUGGAGGUAAUCAAGGGAGGGCAGCGCCUACGUAAAAGGUGGAGGUGCUCCCUUGUGUGUGGGUGACUUGAACGGAGUGGCUUGGGUCUGUUAGACUCUGACCUGGUGGGGAGAAGAUGCCGGAUGCUCUGGCUGUGUCAGAAGAUUGUGGUCCUGAAGUCGUGAUUAUUCCUCCCAAGGACCCUGCUCGGUUUCAGCAGUGUCAUCACCGGACACGUCUUGGUGGGUGUGUCAAACAGCCUUUUUUCCUAGUCUACUGUGGUUCUGAAUUCCAGGUUCCUUUUUCUUUCUAGGAAAUCACGUGUUUUCAUUUAGGCUGUCAAGUUUGUUGGCAUUAAUGGUUAAGUAGAUGCCUUUAUGGUAAUUGAAAUACUCACGUUUGAGUUCUAGCUCCUUCGUUCCCGGUAUUACGUAUUCGUGCUUUCUUUUUUCUUUCUGGUCACCUUCCCAGUGUGAUCAUGGCUCUGUCUUUCAAGAAUUAUCUCUUGAUAUUAUCAUUUGACUAUGCAUAGAUGCCAUUUUUUGCUUUAUUUUUAAAUUACUAUUCCGUAUUUAAUAUGUUCCUCUUCCUCUUUUGGUUUAUUUUUUCCUGAAUUGAAAACGUAUGGAAUUUCUUUUUCUCAUUGUGUUUGUGACUGAAUCAUUCUCUGCUUUGCAUUACAUCACAGGCUUUCACAGAGUGCAUUUUCCGUUUCAUUAAUUCCUAACCAGGCUGUGAUUGUCUUAUUCUGACUGUGGAUAUAGUUACAGUUCAAAAUUUCUGGGAAGUUUGCUUUUUUCUCAGUUGUUAGUUUCUGAAAAGGAAGAAUAAUAGAUACACAGAUUUGUCAAACCAUGUAUCAAAAAAUGUAAUGCUACUAUGUAAAAGCGGUAGGACACAAGAACAGAAAGAGACACGCACAGACGAGAACUUGUGGGUCUUUAGAGUGUGUGAAGGGUUACUUCGGGUACGUGGAAUGGUUUGGGGCAAACCACUGGGAAAAAAUUUUAAGUGAGAGCUUUUAACUCCCAUCACACAAGGAAACACAUUCACCUGUUGGCCAUUUACCUUGUUUCCAGCAUUUGUUGUAAGUAAAGCUGCUGUGAACAGCUGUGGCGGAGUCUGUGGAUAAAGGCCUUCCCGUCCUUCACGUCCUUCCCGUCCUUCACGUUCUGGUGGCUAGGACAGGGCACGGCUAGCCGUCCACACCUCACACGUUUACAUCUCAUGUCUCAGAGCCUGGCCGGCGAGGCAGGGCCCAUGAGCCAGAGCUCCAGUGUCCUCGCAUCCUUGUCCACGCUGCAGGAGGAACAGCCUCUCAAGUUCAGAUGUUCUCACGGGUGUGUGCUGGCCUUUCACUGUGGUUUUAACUUGCGUGUCUCUGGGGUCUAAUGACACCGAGUGUGUUUCCAUAGGCUCAUCUGCCGUGAAAUUGUGUCUGUCAAGAUACUUUCCCAUGUUUUAUUGGGUUCGUUGUUUUCUUACAGAGUUUUGAGAAUUCUUUAUAUAUAUCUGGAUGUAAGUCUUUUAUCAUGUAGGUGAUUUACAAAUAUAUUCUCCCUGUUUAGGCCUUUUUAAAAGACUUAAGCACCCCCCAGGCUCUGUGCUCGUCAGCAUAGAGAUUUUUAUUUCUGUCCGUGGUGUGGACAGAGUCUCCCACAGGUAUAGUUUGCAGGGAAAAGACUGGACAAAUGAGUAUGUAGAGAAUCCUAGCAAAGCUGCUACUGCUUUUUUGCUGUCAUUUUAACCACAAAUUGAAACUUGUCAGAGGAAGCGAUAUCUGUGUAUUAGCCUGCAAUUAACCAAGAGUCCUCACCGUGAUUAUAGUAGUUUCCAAUUGCUGUCAACUUUAGAUUGUAGCUAUUAAUUUAGAUCUGCCUGUCCAUCACAGGUGUUGAGCACUUGAAAAGUGCCUACUCUGCACUGAGAUGUGUGUAAGUGUAAAAUACACUGCAAAUCCCAAAUAUUUAGUAUGAAAAAAGGAAUGUAAAAUAGCUCAAUAUUUUUUCAUACAGUUACAUGUUGAAGUGAUAUUUUGUAUAUGUUUGCUUAAAUAAAAUAUAUUAAAAUUAA